GAGGCGCCGCGCACAGUCAAGAAGAUCAAGCGGAACUAUACUCCAGUAGCUGUACCUGAGGAACUGCAUCUGAGGAGCCUCAACCACACCUGGACCUGAUUUAGAUAUCAAGAUUCUGGACAUCAAGCUGAUGCCAUAAUGAGAUGAGAAUUUUGAAGGUCUUAGGAGAGGUACACCUUCCUCUGAGCCACCUUUGCUCCAGAAGACCAAUCAAACAAUUAUGCAUUCAAUUAGGGAAAGAAAAAGUUAUCGACUCACAGAUCCAGUUUGCUGACCAGAAGCAAGAAUUCAACAAACGUCCCACCAAAAUUGGACGUCGCUCUCUGUCUCGUUCAAUUUCUCAGUCAUCUACUGACAGUUACAGCUCAGCGGCUUCGUAUACAGACAGCUCUGAUGAUGAGACAUCCCCCAGGGACAAGCAGCAGAAGAACUCAAAGGGAAGCAGUGACUUCUGUGUCAAAAAUAUCAAGCAGGCAGAGUUUGGACGAAGAGAAAUUGAAAUUGCUGAACAAGAAAUGCCUGCACUGAUGGCUUUGAGGAAGAGAGCUCAAGGAGAAAAGCCUUUGGCUGGAGCCAAAAUUGUGGGUUGUACACACAUCACUGCUCAGACUGCUGUGCUUAUGGAAACUCUGGGUGCUCUGGGGGCACAGUGCCGAUGGGCUGCCUGCAAUAUCUACUCCACUCUCAAUGAAGUAGCUGCUGCUCUAGCAGAAAGUGGAUUUCCUGUCUUUGCCUGGAAAGGAGAGUCAGAAGAUGACUUUUGGUGGUGCAUUGAUAGAUGUGUGAAUGUGGAAGGCUGGCAGCCAAACAUGAUCUUGGAUGAUGGAGGGGAUCUUACUCAUUGGAUUUAUAAAAAGUAUCCCAACAUGUUUAAGAAAAUCAAAGGCAUAGUUGAAGAGAGUGUUACUGGAGUCCACAGGCUGUACCAACUGUCCAAAGCUGGGAAGCUCUGUGUUCCGGCCAUGAAUGUCAAUGACUCAGUCACCAAACAGAAAUUUGACAACCUCUACUGUUGCCGUGAAUCAAUUCUUGAUGGACUUAAAAGGACAACAGACAUGAUGUUUGGUGGAAAGCAAGUGGUGGUCUGUGGCUACGGAGAGGUGGGGAAGGGGUGCUGUGCUGCUCUGAAAGCCAUGGGCUCCAUUGUGUAUGUAACUGAAAUCGACCCCAUCUGUGCCCUGCAAGCUUGUAUGGAUGGAUUUCGACUGGUGAAAUUAAAUGAGGUCAUCCGACAAGUGGACAUUGUUAUUACUUGUACAGGUAAUAAGAAUGUGGUAACCAGAGAGCAUUUGGACCGCAUGAAGAAUAGCUGCAUUGUAUGCAACAUGGGGCAUUCCAACACAGAGAUUGAUGUGGCAAGUCUGCGGACACCAGAGCUGACCUGGGAGCGAGUGAGAUCUCAAGUUGACCAUGUGAUAUGGCCUGAUGGCAAGAGGAUAGUCCUACUGGCCGAGGGCCGUCUGCUGAACCUAAGCUGCUCCACAGUGCCUACAUUUGUGCUCUCAAUCACUGCAACUACUCAGGCUCUCGCCUUGAUAGAGCUCUAUAAUGCUCCUGAGGGUCGCUAUAAGCAGGAUGUCUACCUGUUACCUAAGAAAAUGGAUGAGUAUGUGGCGAGUCUACACCUACCCACCUUCGAUGCCCACCUGACAGAGCUGACAGAUGAACAGGCCAAGUAUCUGGGACUCAAUAAGAAUGGGCCCUUCAAGCCUAAUUACUACAGGUAUUAAGUUCCUGUAACUCAAGCCAGAAGUUUUAAGGAGUAGAACUCCAAGCCAUUUCUCCACUACUAUCCAAGAAAGAACCCAGCAAGCUGCUUCUCUGAUCAGAGCUGCUCACCGUGCUCACCCUGUGUGUUAGGUUAUUUAUUUAUUAAAAUCUAGAUUCCUGUGCCUGUAGCCUUGGCCCAGAGUGUGGUUACUGCUCCAAGGACCAUGAGAGCCACAGAGGACAGACUGAGGAAGGAAAAAAUGGGGUAACCUUUCCUAUUACAUCAUUCACUUCACACACACACACACACACACACACACACACACACCCAUUGAAUCCUCAGCACGCACACACACAC